GAAAUGGCAGAAGAUGGCAGUGAGGAGACCAUGUUUAUAUGGUGUGAAGACUGUAGUCAGUAUCAUGAUUCAGAAUGUCCAGAACUGGGGCCGGUAGUGACUGUCAAAGACUCCUUUGUAUUAAGUAGAGCAAGGUCAUCGCUUCCCUCCAAUUUGGAGAUCAGACAACUUGAAGAUGGGACUGAAGGUGUUUUUGCAGUGACUCAGAUGGUCAAACGUACCCAGUUUGGCCCUUUUGAAUCCAAAAGAGUUGCCAAACUGGAAAAGGAGUCAGCCUUUCCAUUGAAGGUUUUUCAGAAGGAUGAGCCUCCAGUAUAUUUUGAUACCUCUAAUGAAGAUGAUUGUAACUGGAUGAUGAUGGUGAGACCAGCCACCCAGUAUGAACACCAGAACCUGACUGCCUUCCAGCAUGAUAAUGAGAUUUACUUCACUACUUCCCGGGAUAUCCCUCCAGGAACUGAAUUAAGAGUAUGGUAUGCAGCUUUCUACGCCAAAAAAAUGGAAAAACCUGUUCUAAAGCAGGUUGCUAACAUUGCCAAUGGUACGUGUGAAAGUAGUGGGCCUCUUGAAACAGAGUCCAACCAGUGGACUUGUAAAGUAUGCUCAACAACUUUCCAAGAACCUCAUCUGCUGACAGAACAUCUGCUGAGUCACUUGGAACAAACCAAAGGACCUCCUCAGGGCAAUCAAAACGAUGCACUUCCAGAGAAGGCUGUGGAGGCUCAUCCUUCCAAUCAGCCUGUAAUCUGUGAAAGCACCAACAUCAAUGUGGAUAUGAAAAGAAAACCCCAACGGGGCAGGAAGCCAAAAGUAGCAAAGGCAGAAACUCAACUUGUGAUUGUGGAUGAUAAAGACCAUUCUGAGGAUCAUGUUGCUGAAAUUAUAACGGAGAUCCCACCUGAUGAGGCGGCUCUUCCUUCUGCUGAAGAAGAAAGGAUCAUGGAUCUGGUUUUAGGGAAGCUACCCAGUACUGGAAACAGUAUGAAUUCCAUAACAAAGUAUCCUCAUCAUCAAAGCUCUAUGUCCCUCAAGAGAAGUUUAAUCCUCUCUAGCAGACACGGGAUACGGCGAAAACUGAUCAAGCAGCUUGGAGAACACAAGCGGGUAUAUCAGUGUAACAUCUGCAGUAAGAUGUUCCAGAACAGCAGCAAUCUCAGCAGGCACAUCCGGUCUCACGGUGACAAAUUAUUUAAAUGUGAAGAAUGUGCCAAGCUUUUCAGUCGCAAAGAGAGUUUGAAGCAGCACGUUUCCUAUAAGCACAGUAGGAAUGAGGUUGACAGUGAAUACAGGUACAGGUGUGCUACAUGUGAAAAAGCUUUUCGGAUAGAGAGUGCAUUAGAAUUCCACAAUUGUAGGACAGAUGACAAAACAUUUCAGUGUGAGAUGUGUUUCAGAUUCUUUUCUACAAACAGCAACCUCUCAAAACACAAAAAGAAACACGGGGACAAGAAAUUUGCCUGUGAGAUCUGCAACAAGUUGUUUUACCGGAAAGAUGUCAUGUUGGAUCACCAGAGGAGACAUCUGGAAGGUGUGAGGCGUGUAAAAAGAGAGGACUUUGAGCACAGCACAGACAACAUGGUCCGCUACAAGAAGGAGCCCUCUGGUUGCCCUGUGUGUGGAAAGAUAUUUUCUUGUAGGAGCAAUAUGAACAAGCAUCUCCUUACCCAUGGAGAUAAGAAAUACACCUGUGAGAUAUGUGGGCGUAAAUUCUUCAGAGUAGACGUACUAAGAGAUCAUAUUCAUGUUCAUUUUAAGGACAUUGCAAUAAUGGAUGACCACCAAAGGGAAGAGUUCAUUGGCAAAAUAGGAAUCUCUUCAGAGGAAAAUGAUGAAAAUUCGGAUGGAAGUGUGGAUUCUGAGCCUCACAAGUAUAGCUGCAAAAGGUGCCAGUUAACAUUUGGCCGAGGAAAAGAGUAUUUGAAACACAUCAUGGAAGUUCACAAAGAGAAGGGAUAUGGCUGUAGCAUCUGCAAUAGACGUUUUGCCCUGAAGGCAACUUACCAUGCACACAUGGUCAUUCACCGGGAAAACCUGCCUGACCCCAAUGUGCAGAAAUAUAUCCAUCCAUGUGAAAUCUGUGGAAGGAUUUUUAACAGCAUAGGGAAUUUAGAACGGCAUAAACUUAUUCAUACAGGUGUGAAAAGUCAUGCCUGUGAGCAGUGUGGUAAGUCAUUUGCAAGGAAGGAUAUGUUAAAAGAACAUAUGAGAGUCCAUGAUAAUAUCCGAGAAUACCUGUGUGCAGAAUGUGGCAAAGGCAUGAAAACAAAACAUGCGUUGCGCCAUCACAUGAAAUUACACAAAGGGAUAAAAGAGUAUGAAUGCAUGGAGUGCCAUCGGAAAUUUGCACAGAAAGUCAACAUGCUGAAGCACUACAAAAGGCACACAGGAAUCAAAGAUUUCAUGUGUGAGCUCUGUGGGAAAACAUUCAGUGAAAGGAACACAAUGGAGACACAUAAACUUAUUCACACAGUGGGCAAGCAGUGGACAUGUUCAGUGUGUGAUAAAAAGUAUGUCACUGAUUACAUGCUGCAAAAACACAUCCAGCUGACCCACGAUAAGGUAGAAGCUCAGAGUUGUCAGCUCUGUGGAACGAAGGUUUCUACCAGAGCGUCAAUGAGCCGUCACAUGAGGCGAAAACAUCCAGAGGUGCUUUCAGUUAGGAUCGAUGACUUAGAACAGCUCCCAGAGACCACAACAGUGGACGCUUCUUCUAUAGGGAUUGUACAGCCAGAUCUGUCUCUGGAACAGGGAGAGCUACCAGAGGGCAAGCAUAUGAAGACUCAUAAACGUGGCCAUAAACGAAAGCAUAAACCAGGGGAAGAAGAGGAAGUCCAAGUGCCUGAGGACUCUGCCUUCAGCGAAUAUACAGAAAAAGAAGUGGAAUUCACAGGAAACGUAGGGGAUGAGACCAAUUCAGCUGUGCAAAGCAUUCAGCAGGUGGUGGUGACCCUUGGCGAUCCAAAUGUCACAGCACCUUCUAGCUCUGUUGGUCUGACCAAUAUUAGCGUCACUCCCAUUACCACUCCAGCGGGGACUCAGUUUACAAACCUACAACCUGUGGCUGUAGGCCAUCUUGCGACUCCUGAACGCCAAUUACAACUAGACAAUUCCAUUCUCACAGUGACAUUUGAUACAGUCACUGGUUCUGCCAUGCUUCAUGGCAACCGUCAAAAUGAUAUCCAAAUACAGUCGCAGCCUGAAGCAACAAACCCUCAGUCAGUGGCUCACUUUAUAAACCUAACAACUUUGGUGAACUCCAUUGCUCCCUUAGGGAGCCAGAUAUCAGAACAGCAUCCCUUGACGUGGAGAACAGUGCCUCAAACAGAUGUCCUGCAGACUCAAACCCAACCAGCACAACCACAGACAGGGCAGCAGCAGGUUCCAACAGAACAGCAGCAGCAGAUGUACAGCUACUAAUUUGUACGUGAAAGAAGAUUCCAAACUGUGAAUUGGCUUGUAUGAGCCCAGAGGCACUUAGCAGAAUCAAUUGCUGGAUACCGAACCGAAGUGGAAGGAACGAGCGUAAACAAUGACAUAUAAGCUGGUGUUGACACAUCAGUUUGACAUACAGUGGCCUUGAGAGUCUCCUGUUCUACAGACACCACCCCUGUUCAUACAGAAGGUGGUUAGCCAGCCUGUAUUGGUUGGUUUGGAGUGCUGAGGUCUCACAGGGGGAUUGUAAUACCUUUGAUAAACAAGGUAGAGAAAUAAGAAAAAGAAAAUACA